GGAAGUGAUCUAGUGAUCUGCUUUCUUCGCAUCGUUUCCACUUGUCUGGCCACAAAUUUGAGGUUGUCCGGCCAGAGAUAAUCUUAUAAUGUUGCUGCGCCGCAGCCAAAGUCUUCUCGAAUCUCGAGUUUCUUCCGAUUGUAUUGACAAAACAGUUUCGGUAUCAAUGACAGGGUUUUGCAGGGUUUUCCGCGGCGAGGGGCAGCUGCUCUGGUCACCACAUCGAUUCAGCCAGCUAUCCACAUAGCCAGCAGGGGGGGCGUAAAACCUAAUUUCCAGCCAGCCAGCAACUCCACAGACUCCCCAAAAAUGUCGUGUGCUCGUCCCCCAAAACUGGCAAAACUCCCAAAAUUGCCACCACUCCCAAACUCCCAACUGCAGACAUCCAUGUCCACCCUGCUGCGCCCCAGCAGCAAAAAACCGGAAGGGUUGAGCCAACAAUUGUAGGAAAUUGCCACAGAAAGUGACCACAGCAUUCCGGGCAAAGAUUGCCCGCAAAAUUGCCAGCGAGCAACCACUUGUAAUCAACGCCAUCCUCCAUCCGCCAUCCGGCUUUGUUAUCAUUAAGCAACCGCCCGGGAAAGUCGGAAAAGGCUUUCCCGAACCAAAACGAUGCCAAGUGAUGCCGAAGCAGAACCCUUUCAUUUGCCCUAAUGAAAAUGCCCCCGAUGAAAAUGCUGUCUGUCUGUCUGUCUGCUUGGCUGUCUGUCGCCUGCUAUUUAUUUAUUAAAUGCAGGAGACUCCCUCGCCUGCGGAUGGACACAAUGGACAGCGGACAAUGGACAAUGGACUGGGUCAGCUGGCACAGCUGUCACAUUUUCCCUAAGCCCUGGAUCUCUGGCUCCGUCACCCACUCCUCCCUCCUCUAACCCCCUCCCAUCUACAUCUCCAACUCCAACUCCAGCAUCUCCAUUCCCAGCCAAAAUAAUAUCUCAUCUCAUCUCAUCUCCUGGCUUUAAUGAAGUUGCGGGGAUUCAUUGCCGUUUCCCACCAGAGCGUACGCACAAAAUGAAGUCGCUGCGGUUGUUUGUCGUGGUGGUUGUUUCCAAAUCCCCUCCAGCUGUGGCUUCUGCCUCUGAUUGGCUGCUUGGCUGUGAAGGCCCGGCGAGCUCUACUUUAUUGCGAGGCCCGGAGUUCGGCAGAGUCUUCGAUUUCGUGGCAGGACCCCGAUUUUUAUAAUCGAGCCAAAAUGGCGCAAUCGCUGGCGCAAUGGAGGAUGUAACGUGCAUGCAACAUGGCGAUGCAACUGGAAUGCAACUUGGUGCGGUCUUUGGAUUAUGCAAUUGUUACUUUGAUUACAUGCCACAUGAGACUAGAACUAGAUUCAGUUCCUGAAGUGGGGAAAGUUCGAGAUGCAGAAGAAUAUUUUAUACGGAUGUCACUGCUGCAGUUAAGGUACUUUAGGUACUUAACUCAACUCUCUAUUUGCAAGUUUUACUUAUUUAGCUACAUUGCUUUACCUUUUUGCUUCCCUUGCAUUGCGUCAAAUGUAUUACUGUUGCGACUCGGGCUCAGAUAAAUCUGCUCGUUGAGCUCAGCUCGACAGUUAGUCAAGUCAUGUGGAUCUGGAAUCUGGGAUCUGGCAAUGGUCGGCUUAAAAGUGGAGAUCCGCCGGAUCAGGACACUUGUUUCUGGGGGGAUUACGCGGCUCGGAACACGCAAUAUUAUGCGAGAUUAACUCGAGGCAGCCAGAUAGUCAGGAUUACCAUGCAGGAUCUCGAGAGAGCUGUACCUGGUCAGGUGAACAGGAUCACCCGGAACCCGCCGGCCCACUGAGCUUGGAGAAAAAUAUUAGUGUUCUCCUUCCGAGAAGCAAAAAAUGCACUUUGGCAGAUGAAACGGAAAAUUAUGAAAUGAUAUGGCAGUUCAUAUUUUUGGCAGAACUCGGGGACAAUGGCACCCACAAAACUGCCACCUACAAAACUGCGAGCACAAAGGGCUUAAACCGCUUAAAGACCGUUUAAUCUCAUGGAUUUCACUCGUUUUUAGUUUCGUGUGAAAAAACUCGAGGCAAAAGGCAAUUGUGGCACUCAAAGGAGCUGAGAACGGAACGGAACUCGGAUACAAUGGGCGUGGCCGGGUCGAAGACUUUACGGUGUUAAAUGCUCAUAUUACGAGCUGGCCAGGAGUCACUCCAUGAAAGAGUUACGCGGAAUGCGGCUUAGGGGCAUUCAGUUCCGUUCUGUGUCCCGUUCUCCGUUCCAGGAUUUCCCCGAUCUACCGUUCUCGAUGGUAUCUGGGCAGCAUCCUUUCCGUUCCGCUGCAGAUCGUGUUGGAUGGAUAUGCUUUAUAUGCUGAUGGCAGUUGGGAGAUGGAGAUGGAGAUGGGAGAUGGUGCGAACUGACAAUUGACACAAUUACCAGGACGGCCAAAUCCGCAAACCGCUGCAAUGCCAUUUUGACAGCAAUUGUCCUGGCCAACAAUGUGCGCUGAGAUCUCGGAUCCGGAAUUUGGCAUUACAAAUCUGGAGAGGAAGGGGGCUAACAGUAGCCAUUCUAACGGGGUUUCGUAGGCGGCUUUGCCCCGCAGCCGAACAAUGGGCCAAAAAGGAUGCAGUAGAAGGACAGGAGGACAGAAGGACACUCCCGCUAGCAAAAAGGUGUGAAAAUUUCAAGGGCCGCUUGAUAGAUCGAGUGGGCUUGGAACCGAUGAAGCCGAUCGGGGGCGGGGGCGGAUCGUAACUCUUUUUAUGUGGGCUCCUCGCUGAUCGCCGGCGGUUUGAUUAACUCCGGAAAAACCCCUAACGGUGCUCGCCCAAAGAACUGAAGAACUGACAAUGGACAUCAGCCACGAUGGCUGAUGGCUGAAGGCUGAUGGCAGCUAAUCAACAGUAAAAUGCAUAAAAUUAAGUGAGCAAUGAAAGGGCAUUAUGGGGAAUAAGGGUCUUUUGCGCCCAUCUCGGCUAUUAGAAUCGUUUCACACUUUCCAUGCGCACUGCAACUGCAACAGUAACUGUAAGUGUGAGUGUGAGUGUAACUGUAACUGUACCGCGAGCGGUUCUCACCCAAAACAUCGGAAGACACCGAUCACUGGGAUACUGAGGCUGGGAACAAUGGCCCAAACAGUUCAGUUGACAGUUCAUCAAGGCGAAUGAUGCAUGCAAAAUGAAUCAGUGCCAUCAGCAUCGCUGGCGAAUACCCUGCAAUCACAGCACACAGUACACUGGAAAAGGGGUUUCGAACACGCUUUGUGAAGAACAUUAAUGUGCAGACAUAGGUCCAUCUGAGUUAUCACAGUGUAGCUGCAGUGCCGUGAUCUCCCACACGGAAAUCAUGCGUGAAAUGUUGCUUUCUUUGGAUUUCUUUCUUCUGCUCGUUUGCUGUGUGCGAGUAUUUUCCCAACCCGAGCAUUCUCAAUCUCAUUCCCAUUCUCAUUUUCCUACAACGAUGACGAUGGCGAUGGCGAUGGGCGUGGACACGGACACACCCCUCGAUCCCCUGUCUCUGUAGCCUGGCCAUCUUCCUGGGGUCCUGACAACGGGACAACGGGGCAAGAGGACAACAGCCACAAUGAUGGCGUAAGGAAGUAGCAAGUUAGUUUUGCCCAUUUAAAUAGCACUCUGGACACCGAGCCCUUUGUGCGCCAAUUUGACGAGCAUUAGAUGGCACUCUUCCCGUGUGGGGUCUCCCCAUCGAUCCAUCGAUUGAUUGAUCAGCCCAAUCUUGAGUCAGAACCUUGAACCCACGCACAAUUUCAAUAUUGGCCCCGAUCAUUCAAAGUUCAUUCAAAGUGGCGGACUGUUUGUGCGGCGCAAACUUUAGAUAGUAAUACGAUAGACGCGCUGUCGCCGCAACUCAGAAGAUGCGACUCGACCAGAUAGAUAAGCAGGCAGAUAAGGGGACUCGAAAGCAAUGUCAUUUGGGUAAUCAAAACCGCACUAAUUGGCAUAGUAAUGCAAUACGGCUGCGGAAGCCAGGAUUCGGGAUGCGGAUUCUAGAUCUGCUCGAGAUCUUUUCGCUCGGCUGGGCGGGAAUGAAGAUGAAGGCUCUGUUUGGAGCGGCUCGACGUCGACGUCUCUCAAUUAAAGAGAGAUGCCAUAAUUGAGCAGCCUUUUGCUGGACGUGGGAUUAGGAGCCAUAGGAUAACAAUUAGCCAAAGGAUUUGACAACGGAAGCCACGGCCAUUGUGGUGCGUUCCGUUCUUCCCUUCGAGUACUUCCAGUACUUUGAGUACUUAACUUGUGUCUUUUUUAGUCGGGGCCUCUUCUUUUUGCCUUCUUUUUGCGCUGCGCUGUGCACUUCCGUUUGCGGAAGUGGCUAAGGCAAAUCCCCAGACACAUCGAGCCGAGCAGCAAUACCUGUUCCCAUUAUCCUGUGCAAGUGUGCACUUUGCAUAUGCCAGGGAAAACAAACAAGUGAUCCCUGGGCCUCGAUUCUCAAUUCUCGAUUCUCGAUCCUGGUUAGUCUUUUUCGCUUAGCCCAAACAACUCGGCAGCGGGAGAAGGAGAGGCCUUUGUCCGCCCGAGGAGCACGUGUAAUCCCCGUUCACUUCCUAGGUGACUACUUACCGACCGACUACUUACUUCCUCAUUAGCAUCGCAGGAUAUAGGGAUAUAGACGGGACCAACUGCCCAAGUGCCUUUGCUGAUGGGCUUAGGCGGCCAUCGGGCCGAGAAUCAACUGAAUGACGGCCAAACUAAUCAUACAUUCGAAAGUAAUCUCAUUUCAUCAAUUGUGCUCUUUCUUUUGGGAGGAAGUGGGCAGAGUGGAUGGGAAAACUCUUUUGCAACAAUUGUGAUGAUAUCAAAUAGAUGGUAUAUGGCCAGAAACUGAAAACUGACCACCAGUGCGGCAUGAAGUGCUCAUCCCAGACCAGGGGUUUUUUAGGGUUAACCUACAGAUACGGGAAUGGGAAUACAGAUUCUCAGAAACAAAAUGGCAGUCUCAAUAUGCGAAAAGUUGCUUGCAGCGCAAGUUGCGUUUACGACAGCGGCCAUUCGAAGUUAUGGAUGCCAAUGUGCGACUGUUAGCCCAUUAAGACAAAGGGCCGCGAAAGGAGUUAACGGCAAUUCCCUGAAAUGCGAUUCCAUAUCCAAAUCCAAAUGCAAAUGCAAACCACUGCUCACCCUUUUUUGGACGGGCCAUAUAAGAGCAAACCCCUUUCAGUCAAUUAGUCGCUGAUUUUCUUUGUCACCUAGCAGCGGACCAAUAUAAAAAUCGCAGCCACAAUGGGCGAGGCAGAGAACCCUUUUUUAGGCACCGCCGAUGGCCGAAGUGCCCGUUUAUGGCUUUCGGCCUUAAAAAACAGCAGCGGUUUUAGGAUCCGCGGACUCGGACGCGGACUUUGGCUCGGAAUGAGGCCUUUUCGCACGAAGCGACCAUUAUGCAAUAAAACUCGGGAUGUUUUUUAGGCAACCGAGGCCAUCGAGUGGGCGGGCAACCCGUUCGGGCGGCACCAGCAGGUAGAUGAAUCCGUAAAAAACGCGCCCAAGGUCGCCACUCAAAGGAUUGCACAAAUAUUGCAUCUUCGGUGCGGAGCUCAUUAUGGCGCAGCAGCAGCAGUCCGCGUAUAUGAAUAUGUGGUAUAUGGUACAUGCUAUAUGGUUUUAUGCCUUUAUGGCCUGCUGUUUUUUACGUUCUCUCGCCGCUGCAUUUCGUUUUUUCGCUGAAUCUGGUUUUUACAGCGAACUGGGCAACUCUUUGGCUUCGCGACUUGGCCGCGACUUUUUAUGGCAUCUGCUCGGGAUCGGAUCGAUUGGGCUGCUCUUGGGUUGUACGGCCAGGAUGUCUGUGCUCGAGGAUAUGUGCGGGCGGCGCAGGUAAAGGAUCGACUCAAUGACGGCGACGUGACGGUCGGAGUUUUAGUUUAAUCCACCAUUUUUACGGUUGGAUUAGCGCACGGAUUAGUGGAUAAGUUCGCGGUUUUUUACUGAUUACCAUAUCGAUCCCUCUUUUUAUUUGCAAUCUGAAUGGGCAGUUGUAAAAAGAGAAUGAAUGAAACUCGGCAAGGGGAAGUGGAGUUGGAAUUGGCAAUCUGAUCGAUCAUGUAACGUAGGUAUCAUUGAUAGCAUAGCUCCAAACUGCGAGUAUGUGCUCGUAGUAGCUGCAGUAAGUAUCGAGCAUCCUUUUUCCCAUGGAUGACAGCCAACUUUGUACCGCUAGCCACUUCCGUUGGCCGGCGAGGCGACCGUUAGGACAGCCAACAAACAGUUAACAAAGUAAAACAACUUGUCGAGGAUCGAGGAUCCCACAUUCCAUGUUCCCAUAUUCCACGCCGCAGCGGAAGCCAAAGGGAUAAAGGACGUGGAAUCAAGGAUGUUUAAGGAGGAGGGCAAACACAAGCAGCCAACAUGACGGACACUUGUCGCAAUGAUUCUGGACGCUCGUUUCUUGAUUCUCGUCUCGAUCCUUGAUCCUCGAUGCUCAAUGCUCGAUGCUCGAGGUGGCGGCGUCAUGAAUCAAAUGGACAGACUGGCGAGUGUCCUUGCCGCGAUUCCGGGAAGCAGAGUUUUCAUUGCCGACAUAGGAAAAGGAUGCGAAUUACGCCAGACGAAAAGGGCUGAAAACUGCAAGAUCACCAGAACAGCAGAACGCCAGAACUCGCCCUAAUUUCCAUAAUUUGUCACGCACAAUCCAACGGAUUCGCAUUCGCCAUCGCGUAGAUACACAGAUUCUGGAUGACGGGCUGGUCAGCAAAAGGAUUUCGGGACAAAAGCGCAAAACAAACGGAUUUAGCCAUCAGAACCCUUGGACGUUAUGCAUCCAUUAUCAACAAGCCAGAUUCUAUCUCUUUUCUUUUUGCUUUUGGCCAGACGCCUCUCCUUCUUUCUUUCUGGCCAGAAAAGCAUGAUUUGGCUCUAAUUAUAAUAGACUACAAGCUGGGGGCUUUGAUCUGCGAAAGGUUCUGGAAGAUUCUGAAGUUUGUUUGUGGUUUAUUUGAAUGCUGAAAGGAUAGCCUACAAUGGUACAAUGUGAUUUAUUCUGUAUACUUGAAGGAAACGUAUCCUGCAGUUACUUCAAUAACAACCAACUAAAUAUGUUUCAAAUUGGUGGUUAGUCUUACAAGAGUAAUGUUCCUGAGAUUUCAAAGCAAGUAAGUUAGAUACAACUGCAAUAGGCCAGUUUAUAAAAAACUGGUAAUGAAAAUGAAGCCGAAGUCUAGAACUCCAUAUGAUUCGUACAUGUUUUAGGCAAUUCCUUGAAAACGAAAUGUAAAGCACUGCAGAGGUAGUACGAAUUUCCCUACUCCUUUCUCAUUGAAAAUUAAAACCCAGAAAAAACCAUAUCCCUUCGCGGAAACUGAUGAAACAUUAAGUUCGAAAACUCUUUAUGCUUCUUUUUUGCUGCUUUUUUUAAAUUACGUUAAAUGGCGAAGUAACAAUAGCACAAAGAACUAUGAUUUUUGCGAAAACUGCGAAAACCAAAGGACCAAAGGAGGGAAAGGGCAGUCGCGCACCCUUGUAAAACCCUUUCGAAAGGGGCGAGAGAGAGAGGGCAACAGGGUAGAGUGGGACAGAGUGUCAACCAGAGCCAGAAUCACCAGAAUCACCCCUUUGCCCUUUGGCCUUUGUACCGCCUACCUGCUUCGUACCGCCUCGUACCGCUUCGGCUGGCCGCUCGUGUCCGCCAUUUCGAUGUGAAUGAGGCGUCGGCGCAGCCUCCGGAUUUCGGGUAUAAAUGCAGGGGGUUCCGACGAGAGGAAAUCAGUUUGCGUUCGACAUCGUCAGCGUGAAGAUAUAGCAACAGCACAAUAGCACAGCUAGAUCACCACUCUAUAUAGUCCAUAUAUAGCGUCAAUCAGUUGGAUUAAACCCACCGAGACCACACACCCAACACCAUGCUAAUGCACGAGAAACUCAUGGCCGGGCAGUUCUUCGAUCUCAAGACUGAUCGCAAGCCACUGCUGCACCACCACCAGUACCAGCACCACCAGCAGCAGCCACUGCACCACUUGCCGCACAGCCAACUGCCGGUUCAGGGAUCCUUGGGCCUGCCCAAAAUGGAUCUGUACACGGCCUACGCCUACCAGCAGCAGUUGCUGGGAGCUGCCCUCAGUCAGCAGCAGCAGCAACAGCAACAGCAGCAGCAACAUCAGCAGAUGCAGCAGCAGCAGCAGACCUCCUCUGCAGAGGUCCUGGAUCUUUCCCGUCGCUGUGACAGCGUCGAGACGCCCAGGAAGACGCCCUCGCCCUACCAAACAAGCUACAGCUACGGCAGUGGCUCCCCCUCGGCCUCGCCCACCAGCAAUCUUCUGUACGCCGCCCAGAUGCAGCAGCAGCAGCAGCAACAUCAGCAGCAACAGCAGCAGCAGCAGCAGCAACAACUGGCCUCCCUCUAUCCCGCUUUCUACUACAGCAACAUCAAGCAGGAGCAAGCCACGCCCACUGCUGCUCCGCCCAAGGUCACACCAACCGCCAACCUUCUGCAGACCUUUGCUGCCGCCUCUGCUGCGGCCGCCGCUGCUGCUGCCGCUUCCGCGACCAACUCACCCAGACCCGCCAGCAACGCCAGCACCAUGCAGAUCGAUGUCCUGGAGAAUCCCCAGUCGCCGGCUGUGGAGGCCACCACGCCCACCACCUCCAGCAGCGGCGAGGCGGGAAAGAACACACGCCCCUUCAAGGCCUUUCCCCGGGAUCCCCUGGUAAUAGCUGCCAAUUUCGCGGCCACUGAUGUCCUGCUGGACAAUCCGCGAGUGGAGCGCUACACGGAAUACAGGAAGCGGGUGCUUGAGCAAAUCCGCAGCUCCAACGGAGGAUCGCGCACCGUAACCAACCCCAAAAUGCGAAGGACUAACUCACGAAGUGGAUCCGUCAACGAAGGCAGCUCCUCGAACAACAACAGCGAAAGCGAGGAUCGCGCUGCCGCGGAGGAGUCUAGCGACUGCGACUCCCAGGCGGGCAACUUCGAGGGCAAGUCCGCCACCAGCAGCUCCAGCAACUUGGCCAACGCCACUGCCGCCAACUCGGGCAUCAGCUCGGGCAGCCAGGUCAAGGAUGCCGCCUACUACGAGAGACGCCGCAAGAACAAUGCCGCCGCCAAGAAGUCCCGCGAUCGUCGCCGCAUCAAGGAGGAUGAGAUCGCCAUCAGGGCCGCCUAUCUGGAGCGCCAGAACAUCGAGCUCCUGUGCCAGAUCGACGCCCUCAAGGCCCAGCUGGCCGCCUUCACCUCCGCCAAAGUAACCACCGCCUAAAGGUGCACUCCUCUCUUGAUGCGUUGAACGCGAGGAUCCCGAAUCGUAUGUCCUGUUUUUUGGGUCAGCUUAUCUGUGAAUAGUUUAGGGGGCUCAACUUUCUUUUUUUUACACACUCGCAUUUAAGUACUUUAAGUCCUUGGAGUAUACGUUAUAUUUGGAAAAUGUAUUAGUUGUAAGUGCAUCUCGCAAUCUCACCAGUUAACUCUCAAUGGAACUCUCGUCUAUAGUUGUAGAAGUCCC